UACGUUGAAUAGGAUACAGUUACUUGAGUAAUUUUAGUGUAUUUUUUAUAGAUUACUGUAAUUUCAGUGAUAUAAAACAUGAUGUGAAGUGAAUUUGAACGUUAACAGUAUUAUAAACAUAAUCAUCAACCAUGGACUCUGUGAAAAAUGAUAUAAAAGGAAAAGAAAAGAAGACACUUAACCAGGUCACAGAAGAAAGUUAUUUAGAAAAAUCUUUACCAGAGACAGAAAGACAAGUGGGAGAUGGAGCCCCGGCAGAGAAUGAAAUAGAAAAUUCUACAAAGAUAAUGACGGAUAUUGAAAAACCAACUGUAGGGUUCUACCUGCACAUAGAUAUAGAUCUGGUGUGCUUUACCUUACUGGUACUUGCACUUAGUACCAGGUUGUAUAAUUUAGAUGAGCCCAGACAUAUUGUUUUUGACGAAUUACACUAUGGCAGAUAUGUAUCACUAUACACAAAAGGAGUAUUUUUCUUCGAUGCUCAUCCUCCUUUGGGUAAGCAGCUGUUGUACUUAGCAGGCCGCAUGGCUGGGUAUGAUGGUAACUUCACAUUCGACAAAAUAGGCUCUCCAUACUCUGAAAAUGUGCCUAUAAGAGCCCUAAGGUUAAUACCAGCAGUGGCUGGAAGCCUAUUGGUAUCUGUAACAUAUCAACUUAUGAAAGAGAUCACAAAAAACCACUGGACUGCCAUUCUAGCUGGAGUUCUGGUUUUAUUUGAAAACUGUUUCUUAGCACAAUCAAGAUUUAUGUUGUUGGAAAGCAUACAGAUGUUGUUUGGUCUCUGUGGGGUGCUGUGCGCUAUAAAGAGCACGCGGAGUAAUGCACCAGCAUCCGUAAUCUGGCUUUGUCUAAGUGCAUUAUCUCUAGGCUGUUGCUUUUCUGUAAAAUACUCAGGCAUCUACACCUACCUUUUAGUAUUAUUUCUGGUUGGGCGUCAAAUAUGGAAGAAAAUCGGCUGUACAGAGUCGGUAUGGCGACUGACCUUGUCUGCAUUAUGGAGACUCUUUAUUCUACUAGUGAUACCUUUCUCUGUGUAUACGGGAGUGUUCUACGCACACUUGGCAAUGCUACCGAAGGCCGGGCCGCAUGACAGUGUUAUGACGAGCGCGUUCCAAGCGUCGCUGCAGGGCGGCCUCGCUAGUAUUACUCGAGGACAACCUCUGCAUGUCGCGCAUGGAUCACAGAUCACACUCAGACACGCGCACGGGCGCACAUGUUGGCUCCAUUCGCACGCGCACGUGUACCCGGUGCGCUACAACGACAACCGCGGCUCCAGCCACCAGCAGCAAGUCACCUGCUACAGCUUCAAGGACGUCAACAACUGGUGGAUCGUCAAACGACCCGAUCAGGCUUCAUUGGCAGUGUCCCGACCUCCGGACGCCAUUCGUCACGGUGACGUGGUUCAACUGCUGCACGGUAUCACGAGCCGAGCGCUCAAUUCUCAUGAUGUCGCCGCUCCCGUCUCGCCACAGUCACAGGAGGUUUCUUGCUACAUCGACUAUAACGUGUCGAUGCCGGCCCAGAACCUUUGGCGAGUGGAAAUAGUGAACCGCGACAGCGAGGACGCGACGUGGGACAGCAUCAGGUCGCUGGUACGGUUGGUGCACGUGGACUCCGGGUCCGCACUCCGGUACAGCGGCCGCCAGCUGCCCUCUUGGGGUUUCCACCAGCACGAGGUUGUCGCUGAUAAGGUGGUUACUCACCAAGACACUGUGUGGAACGUCGAGGAACAUCGGUAUACCAAAGCGGAGGACAGGCGAGAGCGCGAACGCGAGCUAGUAUCAGCGGAGAUGAUCCCUACGGCGGCUACGCAGCUGUCCUUCUGGGAGAAGUUCGCGGAGCUGCAGUACAAGAUGAUCGCGCAUGCGCCCGACGCGCCGCAAGGACACAUGUUCGCGAGCGAGCCCGCUGAGUGGCCGCUACUCAUGCGCUCUAUAGCGUACUGGCUGUCACCUAAUUCUAAUGCACAAAUCCAUCUCAUCGGCAACUUAGUGACGUGGUACGCGGGGACCAUUUCAGUGUUAGUAUACGGUGCGUUACUCGCAGUGUACGCCGUCAGACAGCGAAGAGCCUGCGUAGAUCUACCACCACGAGCCGCAGACAAGUUCUAUGACGCCGGCUAUAUUCUGUUCUUGGGCUACUGGCUCCACUACCUACCAUACUUCUUCAUGGACCGGACUCUCUUCCUACACCACUAUUUACCAGCAUAUAUCUUCAAAAUACUCCUCCUAGCUUAUGUCAUUGAUCACCUUUACCACGUCUUGCAACUACGUCAGAAAACGCGACCCGUAACAAACAUAUUUAUUUUAGGUUUGGUCGUGUGGUUGGCGUAUGUAGUAAUUACUUUUAAGAAAUUCAGUGUUCUGAACUAUGGCAACACUGACCUGACUGAAAAUGACCUCAUGAAUCUCAGAUGGAAGGAUACCUGGGACUUUAUCCUUCAUAAAAGGGGCUGAACUCAUAUCAUUCCAUGACUGAAGAUAUAGAUGCCAUUUUAUUUUAAAAAAUCUUGUCAAUUAGAUCUGUACUUGUAUUGUUGACAAAUAACAAGAACUGUGAAUAUAUAAUACUCUUACAAUUAAGAAAUAUAAUUAAUUUUAAGUCUCAAAGUACACUAAGUAUUUUAUAUAAGUAUUUUUCAAAACUUUACAUUCCUUCCUAAAUUAUUU